GGUUGCUUUUUUGCCAGUCCCCUGGCCAAACCUACUUAGCUAUUCAAAGCCCCCGAGACCCGGUCGGACAACGUGCCCGCUCCGUUCCGAGUGUCCCACCGCCACCUCGCCGCUUCCCCCAAUCUGCCGCGGCAUCCUCAUCAUUAUUCCACCCUCCCAUUCACCCCAACGCCGCAGUCUGGCCCUUCCAGCUAGCCCUCUCGUUCACUCCACCAUCCCCUCUCUGUCGCGACUCCUCAUCCGACCGACUCGCGUCUCCCCGACUUCUCACAUCCACCCGUUCCUCAUCCAGCACCGUCACAAUGCCCGACGAAGAGCCGUCCCUGAACAUCCCCUCUCUCCUCACCCUCGCCGUGGUGUCAUUCUUCGUGCUCCGCUGGUUCCUCAACCGCGAUGGGGAACCCAGCCCCGGAAGCGGUCGCAGUCGCGCACGCGGCGUCGUUGACCCAGCCCAAGUAGAGCAGAUCUCUCAGAUGUUCCCUCAGCUCAGCGCCCGGGAGAUUAUGUGGGAUCUGCAGCGCAACGGGGGGAAUGUUGCGGCGACGACUGAAAGAAUUCUGACAGGUCGGGGGUUGGAAGUGCCGCCCCCGUCCUUCCAACCUCAGAUCGCCGUCCCCUCCACGGCCCCGGUGCAAUCCACGCCCAGCCGUAGCACCUCCAAGGCCGACGGUCAGGAUCUGAUCUCUCGCUACAACCUCCGCGCCAAAGUCGAUGCCGAGAACGGCGCCGAGCUGCAGGCCCCCUCGACGGGCUGGUCGCAGAGCAAGGAGGAGCGCCAGCGCCUGCUUCAGAAGCGGAGGGACGAGAUGAUUCUGGCGGCGCGAAGGAAGAUGAUGCAGAAAGACCAGAGCGUCGCUUAAGAGUUGCAUCAUGGACUGAAUUCAGGGCCUGUGCGUUGCAGGGUGCCUGACGGCUCUUCUUUUCGUUGUGUAUUCAGUUUGGAUCCCUUUUCUCUCCUUCGGUUGUUAUAUACCUCUUGUCGUCGGCGUUGGGAUGUGUAGGAUCCGAUCGAUGCUGGCAUUUCCUGCAUUGUUUUCAUUUUCUUGUUUUCUUCGGAGAUUGCCAUGGUGAUGUCCAUUGCUUUAUUCUCUUUCUUUUCCUCUCCUCUCUGCUUCAAAGCGUCGCAUGCGGAUGGUGUUUGAUAGGUGGAAUGAAUGGACUACCACUAGAAUGACCUUCACUCGCCAACCAAUCCAUCAUUGAUAUAGGGUAUAUAUACAUCUGAACGUCCAUGUAUGCGCAUGCCAAUAUAUCCUG